AUGGAUAAGGAAAGCAAAGUGAUCAUAUUACCCGAGUCUAAUAUUCCUUUCAAGAUUAUAAAACUCCCAAUAUCUACAAACCUUGACACAUUUAAAUCUUAUUUAUUACAAGAAUCUACACUUUAUGAACUUAAUAUAAUUGAUGGAUCAACUGAUGAAAAUAUUGCUAAAUUGAAAUCAGGAGCAGCAGUGAAAUCAUUUAUUUUUGAACCAGGUUAUGUAUUACAAUCACCUAAUGUUGUUAUUUCAAAUAAAUUCAAUUUUACAUAUUUACUCAUUUCCUUAAUUAAACAACAACAAAAGAAAUUUGAUGAUAGAUUUAUUGCAUUAGAAGAUUUUAAAGAUAUAUUAAAUGUUGAUUGGAUUUAUCAUCUUCCUAAUGAAUUAAUAACUAAUUCAUUAAAUAUAAUUUGUGAAACAGUAUGUCAAAAUAGUGAAGAAUUUUACAAGUUUAAUAAUGAUAAAUGUUUAAAUUGGAUUCAUGAUAAAAUAUUACAAUUGAAAUCAUUUAUUAUUGAAAAUAAUACAAGUAUUUUACAUAAAAUUAAAACUGAAUUAUCUCCAAAUAUGGAAGAAAUCCCCAAUGAUAAAUUACAUGAAUUAACUUUGGUUUAUGCGUUAGAUUAUAUAACUUCAUCAUAUUGUAAUGUUAAAUUAGAAUUGAUUGAAAAAUUUGAUUAUAAAUUAGAUGAUUUAAAUAAUUAUCUUCAAAAAUUGAAAGAACUGGAAAAGAAUAUUGAAGUAAUGGAAGCAAAUAUAAAUUCACUUAAAACUUCAAAUAAAACUCAACAAGCUAAAAAGAAAUCAACUACGAAAAAAGUAGUGAAACGUGGUGCUAUAGAUAGUUUCUUUAAAAAAGCUACUAAAUAG